GGCGGCGGGGGCCGGCAUGGACCGAACCCCCGCCGCGCCAUGGCCGCCCGCGUGCCGGAGCCGCGCGCCUUCUGGCCCCUGCUGACCUGCGCGUGCACCGCGCUGCUCUGCCUCUGCCAGGCCCUGGGGGGCCGCGCGGCGGCGGCGGCGGAGGGCGAGGAAGAGGAGGGCGCGGCGGAGGCGGGCUCGGUGCCGCUGCUGAAGGGCUCGGCGCUGCUGCUGCUGGGCUGCCUGCUGGCCCGCUGCUGCGGCGCGGCGGGAGGCGGCUCGAGGCCCGGCGGGGGCUGGGGCCCCUCGGCGGCGCGGCGCAGCGCCCUGGAGGGCUUCCACGCGCGGCGGCUGCGGCUCUCGCCCCACGUGCUGGGGCACAGCAAAGCGCACGUCGGGCGCGUGGUGGCCGAGCUGGUGCGCGCCGCCAAGGCGCAGGGGCUGCAGCCCGGCCCGACGGCCCUCAGCCUGCGCGGGGACUUCGUGCGCGUCGGCAGCGCCUACGAGCAGCACAAGGUGUGCAGUCCCGACUGCUUCGACGUCCUGGUGCCGCUGCGCCUGCCGCCGCGCCUGCAGCCCGAGCCGUGCCGCGCCGCGCCGAGCGGAGCCUUCGUCUGCGGUCUGCGGGCGCCCGCGGGGGCCGGCUGGCCGCGCCGCUACCGGCCCUUCGUGGAGGGCUUCUGCGCGGAUCCGCGAGGACGCCGCCUGCUCUCCUCGGCGCUGGUGCUGCGCUGGUUCCAAGGCCACCUGCAGCGCUGCCUGGGCGCCGUGCGCUACCGGCUGCAGGAGCGCUGCCGCAUCAGCCUGGCCGCCUGCCCCGGCCGGCCGCCCACGCUGCACAUCCGGCCCUGCUCCGACUACGUGUGCUGCCACAUCUCCAUGGCCGUGCGCCUCAUCCCCGCCAUCCCGCUGGGCGACGCGCUCUACCUCACGGCGCUGCCCCCCGACGUGCCGCCGGCCGGCCCGGCCCACGAGGCGCUGUGGGGCCUCAACGCCUCGCGGCACGAGCAGCGGCUGCUGGCCUGGCUGAAGGAGCAGGCCCCGGCCUCGUCCUGCCACCUGAAGUGCCUGCAGCUCCUCAAGGGCCUGCGGGACCUGCGCGGGCAGAGCCUGGAGGAGCCCUUCUGCUCGCAGUGGGGCCGGGUGCUCUCCUCCUACGUGCUGAAGACGGCCCUCUUCUCCCUGAUGCUGCACGGGCCCCUGGAGGCCUGGGACGAGCGGUUCCUGGUGGAGCGCCUGGAGGACCUGGUGAUGUACCUCAGGGACUGCCUCCGCAAGCAGACGCUGAUGCAUUUCUUCCUGGGCAACGCCAGCCUCCCCGAGGCCGUGGCGCUGCCCAGGUUCCUCAAGGAAGCCGCCCCGGUGAACUUGCUGGCCGCCUUCGAUGGGCCCACGCUGGACCUGGCCGCCUUCCAGCUGUUGUACACCUGGAGCCAGGCGCCGCACCUCAUCAGGACGUACGGCGGAGCCCGGUACCUGCGGCCGGCUGCGUGCCGGCACGGCGCCGAGGCGCGGCAGGAGCUGCCCGCGGAGUGAGGGAUCGCCGUGCGCCCGGCUGCCCGCGGUGGGACCCGCUGGGAUGUUCUGUGGUUUUAUCCCCGAACCUGAGAAAACUGGGAAACCGAAGGCUGAGACUUAAGGAAAUGGCGAUAGCUUUUAUUUUUAAUGUCGUCGUGGUGGGUUGUUCGUAGGAGGAUUACAGAAUUUCUGGGGAAGUGCCUUGGUAGGAAAGCGUUACUUUUGGUCGGUUCAAACUGACAGUUCUGCAGAUCUAUCUUAACUUGCCCUAGUGGCAAAACUGACCUUUUCUGAGAUGUGAUUUUUAGGGUACAAAAUCCAUUUGGGAUUUAAAAAUCCCGUGAGCACAAACAAAACCUCUUACUGUGCCGAGGUGCUCUUAAAAUGAGAUGAGCAUUUGAGCAUAGGUAUUGGUUGCAGUCUGAAAUGCUCAGUGACAUGCUUUAAGUUUCCUGUGUAAUGUAAAACAUCGUGCUGAAUGGAAAUGUAAUAAGCAUCUUAAAGCAGAACUAGGGGGAGAAGUGAAACUUCUGAUGAUAGCAUGAAGAAUCUACUUGUGCAUUUCUGUUUUAAAUGAAGGUUAUGCUGAAGGAUUGAAAUACUGAGAAAAAGAAACAAAUAGCACUUUAUUUUCACAAAGGCCUUAAUUUUAGGAUAAUUGGCUGCACUAAAUACUCACUGUGGAGAAGGCAUUAGUAUUUUAUUAAAGGGGUGAUGUUUGAGUCAUCCUCAGGAAAACCUUCUUUUUACAGAAAUACUCUGGGUUCUUGUUUUUGAGAUAUUUUGCAUAUGAUUUUCUCAGAACAUGCUCUGACACAAGGACAACAACAACACAAACUUCCUGUUAGGUUUGGAACCAGGCUUCAACCAGUCCGCAUCUCACUGAUGUGUUCUGCCUGCUGCGCCCCUGUGCUUUCCAGGAGCAGUUGGUGGCUUUUGGGGCUGCCACCAUCUGCCUGCUUGUGGCACUGUUUUGACCAAAUGACCUGAUGGGAUUUUUCUAGUGUGAGCAAAUUGUUAUCUUACUGUGGGGAGGAGGAAGUAAAAUAUUUCAGGGUACUCAAAAAUGGUUUAGCACUUAUUCAUGGUACGGCGAAGCAGCUGUGGCUUCGGAAGUAUUGUAAAUGUAAGCAUCAGCGAGGUAAUUUCCACUCCUUAUGGAAAGAGUGCGUGAGAAUACUUCCCAGAGUUCUCACAGGGCUGAACAGGCAGCACUGAGCUGUUGUGCUUCUCCCUUGUCUCGGUUGUGAGGUUCAGCUUGAAGGAGUGCUCGGGCUGUCAGCCUCUGCCUGGUGUCUGUGUCUCUGGGAUGGCGUGUAGAGCUGUACUGCAGCCGGUAUGGGACCCUCAUGUCUCCCAGGGUGUCAGCAAAUGUAGAAUUCCAAACCUUUAAGUUAAAAUAUCGAGUUACUGAAUUACUGAUGCUCAGGAAGUUGAACGUGUGCUUCAUUACCACUACUCUGCAUCCUAGGUGAGCACUCUGAAAUGGAUUAUAAAUUAUGAAAGGUAACCCCUGGGAUGCUUCAGGAUGACUUGAAAUUACUGAGACACUCCUCCCUGAUGUACAUACUGGUGUGCCUUAUUCACAGCUCUAUGCAACAAAGCACAAACAUUUGUAAGAUCUACAAAGCUUUAUACAAAUCUAUUUUUCUAAAUGGAAACACUCCCCAGGCAGAUGUUUGCCUGCUUCUGUCUCUAUUUUUUUAACUGCUCUUGCAGUCUUAUUUUCAGGUAAUUAUAGACAAGGUCAUACCCGCAAGUUGGGUUUUUUUUAUAUUUGAAGCACCGUGCUUC